AAAAUCCGACUUUCAGAAAUCUGGCAACGCAUGCGUUUUGUAGUCGUUUUCCGUUUACAUGGCAAAGGCCAUAAGAAAUUUAAGUGUCUUUAACAAAAUAUACGUAACUCGUUCAAUUCGCAAUAUUUCUUCACAAAAAUUCCACAGUGCUCUAGGCGAUUCUCGGCAUGGCCGAGUUGGACGAUAGCCUAGACCAAGUUCCUUUUAAGUUUUCUGCUUAUUCAUUAGACCAAACUGCUGAUCAAAAGAAAAGUUACGCCUCAAAGCUUCAACGCAAUGGCGUGAAUGACUGUCCAUGGGGCAUUGACGAGAAAUACUUUAUUGUUGGUGAUCAAGAUCUUCGCCAACUACAGAGAAGUUUACCCAACAUAGCCAAAUACGACCUAAUUGAUUACCUUUAUGUAACAAAAAGUCGACAUGAUGGCAACAGAACUGAGAAUUUGAAGAGUAUGCUAAGCUACAAGAAGUUUCAAGAUGGAUAUGUUCUGUACAAGGCCUUGCAUAAACUGAAGGAUGGCAAGGAAAUCGUUUUGGGCAAAACCGAAAAUCAUUGGCAUUCCAUCCGUUGCAGAUUCAACCGGUAUUUCGCAAAAGAACGCAGUAAUUGAAAUGCUAGAUGAUUGGCAACUAAAACAAGACGUCGCCGCUUUAGUUUUUGAUACCACUUCUAGUAAUACUGGCAUUCGAAAUGGUUGCGCCAGUUUAAUUGAAAAGGAUCUGAAUCGCCCUCUUCUUUGGCUGGCCUGUCGUCAUCACAUGUACGAGGUUCACAUAAAAAAUAUUUGGAAAGCCGUCUCCGGUAACACAGUUGGCCCAGAGGAGUUGCUUUUUAAGCGGUUUCAGAGUGACUGGGAGAAUAUCGAUCACUAUCUUAACGACGUAACUCUAUUUCAAUGGCCUGGGACCAUGGAUGACAACGGGAAACCAAUUACAUCAAUGAUAGCAUCAACUGCAACAGAAGUUCUUAAAUGGGCGAAGGAUUGUUAUUCGACUAGUGUGUUUCCUAGGGCCGAUUAUGAAGAACUGCUAGAGUUAACGAUUCUUUUUCUUGGCGGUGACGUGACGAUUAUAUUAAGGAAACCGGGAGCGCUCCAUCAUGCCCGGUUUAUGAGUAAGGCCAUUUAUUUCCUAAAAAUGUGUUUGCUGUCAACUCGUCUUGAACUUACAGACAAAGAGCUAGAUCAAAUAACCCGGAUGGAAAAUUUCAUCGCACUUUUUUAUGCUAAAUCUUUCCUUCGAUCUAGAUUGGCCCUUAUUGCCCCAACGGACGAUUUGUUGUUCCUGGGGUCAAUGAUAUGGUUCAGAGACGAUGACGAAGUAAUAGCAAAUGCAGCGAUUGAAUCUUGUCUCCGCCAUCAAUGGUAUUUUACAGAAGCCUUAGUUGUGUUUGCAAUUUUCAACGAGCAUUUAUCGGAGUUUACUCGGUCAAUACUAGCUCGAAAGUUGUGGGAAACACCCAGACCAAAGGAGUUCAUUGUGGGAAAACCAAAAUUUCCGAUUAAAUCCAUUGACGACAUGCCUCUUUUACAUUCACUCAUAGGCCCGAACUUAUGGCUACUUUUUCAUGUUAUGAGACUUCAUGCUAGUCAAACAGAUUGGUUGCAGCUUCCAUUAAAGUAUUGGGAGCGGAUGACUGAUUAUCGUGAAAUUAGGGAUUUCGUUCGACAGUUAGAAGUCGUAAAUGACUGCGCAGAACGCGGAAUAAAAUUGAUUUCUGAUUUUAAAGACAUUUGCCAAUCCGAGGAACAGCAGGCUUUUUUUAUUUCAAGUUGUUGAAAAUCAUAGAGUAUCAAUGGCGUCCCUGAAGAAGUCUGAUCUUGAUCGCUUAUGAAUUUAUUCUGUUUUUUAUGUUAUUGAUUAUCGAGCGGUGUUAUUUGAAUAUUCAUGAACUGAAUAGUCUUUUUGUCAAAAAUUAACUCAGGGAAAAAUAAAUUUAUCUCAUCAA